AUGGCUAAGAAAUAUCUGCCAACAAUCAAUCCAGUCAAAAAUCAACCCAGCCAAGGUCCAUACCAAACCAAGGAGCGAAAUCGGACGGAGAUCAACCCAGCUAAGAAGCAGAAGACGGAAAUAUCAACAAAGCAAGAGGAGACUGAUGCUACACCUCCCGAGCUUCCCGAGUUAUGA